AUGUACUAUAGCUACGAACUCAGCGGAACAGAAUGUUGUCCAGGUUACGCAAAACAAAAUGGAGGAGAUGUAUGCACACCGAUAGAACAAGGCUGUGAUGAGAACUAUUAUAGAACUGAGGGGGAGUGCAAGCCAUGUGACUGUAACAGGGAGAAUGCAAAUGUCGGAUGUGCAAGGGGAUCGGGAACCUGUUAUUGUAAAUCAGGAUACGACGGACCACAGUGUAAUUCUGAAUGUCCCGACGGCUUUUUUGGAAUGAAUUGUAGAUACCCAUGUACCUGUAAAGACAACAGCACUUGCAACAAAACCGAUGGACAAUGUCCAUGUACUAUGCCGGGAUGGACAGGCAUAUCAUGCACAGAGGCUUGCCCACCAAAUCAAUUUGGAGUGUUAUGUGCUGGAACUUGUGACUGUUUGUCUGACUCCAAACGCUUUUGUGAUCCAGAAGAUGGAUGCAUCUGCAACAAUGGAUACACAGGAGAGUUCUGCGAUGAAGUGUGCGCCCCUGGUAAUUGGACAUACGGACCAGCCUGUCGUGAAAAGUGUCUUUGUGAACAAAUGGGAUCUGAGAGAUGUGACCCCAAGACUGGAGAGUGUACAUGUAAGCCAGGAUGGCAAGGACACUAUUGCACAGAGUUGUGCAGUGAUGGUAAAUACGGAUCAUUCUGUAACGAAACUUGUCAGUGUGAAUUCUAUCAGGUCUGCCAUCCAGUAAGUGGAGAUUGUGAGUGUCCACAAGGAUUCGCCGGUGACAAAUGUGACAUAAAUUUAAAUGAUACGAACACAGUUGUACUUACCACACAUCACGCAAUGCCUUGGGUAGCUAUCGCGUCUGUAGUCGUAUUGGGUGGCAUUCUUAUCGCUGUCUUUAUAGGUAUAGCCAUAUUAACAAGACGAGCAAGGAUUCGAAAAAAGAUACUACUAAACAAUCUGGAAUCAGAAUCACCUCAUCCCGUAAAUGACCACUACUCCGUAAAUGACCACUACUCCACCAUCACAAACCACACAGAUAACGCAAAUGCAGAAGGAAAUUAUAAUUCCUUUAAUGACCAGCAACCAGUCCACAAUUCAACGUAUAAAGAAGACUAUGACAAAAUGAAAAUGACUUCUGGAAUGUAUGACACUUUUCAUACUAGUCGGGCUUCUAUGGUGAUAGGAACUGAGUAUGACAGUGUUAAGAUGUCAAAUCUUACAACUUCCGGUCAGUAUGAUCACAUGACACCCAAAAGUGAUAACAGCAAGAUAACAACGGUGAUAGGUAAUGAGUAUGACAAAUGUGUACCUAGAGAUACUAAACCUUGAAACACGUGAAUACGGUCUCGUGUCCCUCGGCAUAUGUUGUUUGCAGCAGUUUAUAUAACCUCUGUACAUAUAUACCUUGAACUCAGUAUGUUGUAAUAUAUCAUUAUCAUGUACAUUUCUGUAUAUUGUUAAACGAAUGACAUUCAGUAUACU